CACAACAUUUGCACUUCGUGCUUUUGGAAAUCUUUUGCCAGUGCGGCCUUAGCCCCACCAGCGGCACCGAUUUCUUCCACGUCCUCCCCCUCCACGAUACCUCUCCUAACCCGCCGAAUCUCGAAAACCACCACUCCUUCCACACACCCCCCCCCACGUCAACAACACCAGCAACCAUGUUGAACGGCGAAGAUCCGCCCGAGCGGCCCGAAUACAUUGUUAACAUCAUCAAUGGUCUGGAGCGCUACAACCCCGAGGCCGUCGUUAGCCUUGAGUCGUACCUGCAGGAGCAGUGCGAGCAAAAGUACUGCGACUGCAAUGCGAACCGGACACUCUUGAAGCUAUACCAGCUCAACCCUGACCGCAUGAAGGACGAGGUCGUCACCAACAUACUCGUCAAGGCCAUGACCCAGUUUCCGUCACCGCAGUUCAGCCUCGCCCUGCAUCUUAUCAACCCCUCCGUAAUUGCCCAAGGCGAGCUUGCCGAGGCCGUCGCCAAGCUGCGUCUCCUGAACACCCAGCUCGAGGGCUCCGAGUAUGCUCGCUUCUGGAACACCAUUGACGGCGACGAUCUCUGUGCCGACCUCAUUGCCGAUAUCUCGGGCUUCGAGGACCUCAUCCGCACCAACAUUGCCAACCUCGUCGCCCAGGCCUUCCGUGAGGUCAAGCUGUCUCAGCUUGAGUCGUGGCUCGGCCUCAACUCUGACGCCACCACCAAGUUCGUCACCGAAGUUGCCGGCUGGACUGUCGGUGACAACGGUAUUGUUACUGUGCCAAAGAAUACCGAGAACGAGGCCAAGAAGUCGGAAAUCAGGGAGGACGUCAACGUCGACAUGUUCUCGAGAGUUAUCCGGAGAUCAUGGGAGGAGACUGUUUAAAUGAGUUGAAAACAGAUUAGUACAUUACAGGCUGCUGCCGCUGGUUUUUGGUGAGGGGAAGAGAAAUAGGAAAGACAGGGGGAACAAGAGCGGAAAAUUCCCCUCGGCCACUGAUAGCUCCUUCAAUGGAGUUAGGGCUGGAAGAGAGCAUGACGGCAAAAUUACCGGCGUUCACUGUGACUUUUGAAUUAGGGAACCAUAGAGUAUAUCCCUGAAUAUGAGACAUACCACAAAGUUCGAGA